AUGGCCCAACCAACGGCUCAAGCAACGGCUCAAGCAGCGGCUCAAGCCGUGGCCAGCUUGCAGACAAGCACACUGGCUGCAGGUUCUCUGCUGAAGCGACAGCUGAAGCAAAUGCAAUCCGCCAAGGACCUCCCGGGUAUCUCGUGUGGGCUUGUCAGCGAUAGUAAUAUUUUCGUAUGGGAAGUCAUGCUCAUGAUCAACGAUGAUUGCAAAUACUACGGCGGAGGAAACUUCCGCGCCCACCUCACAUUCCCCCCCACAUACCCGCUCAUGCCGCCCGAAAUGACCUUCAAAGACCCGAUCCCCUUCCAUCCCAACAUCUACGCCAACGGCAACCUCUGCAUCAGCAUCCUGCACCCGCCCGAAGAGGACCGAUACGGAUACGAGCAGGCAAGCGAGCGAUGGAGCCCCGUACAGACGCCCGAGACCAUCCUGAUCAGCGUUAUCAGCCUGUUUGAGGACCCCAACGAGGACAGCCCGGCGAAUGUGGAGGCGGCGAGGCUGUUGCGGGAGGAGAGGGAGGGGAAGAGUAAGGAGUACAGGAAGCGGUGUCGGAAGUGUGUGAGGGAGAGUUUGGGCGAGGAUUGA